CAGUCGGUCGUUCCGAUAACAGUAAGUAAAAGACAACUGAGCAAUGAGGAACAAAUAUUUAAACCAUUGCUUCACCACGUUUACGGCCGUUUACCUGGCUUUGGCUUUAAAUGCGCAAGGAAUUGAUAUUGCAGACAAAGAGAACCGGGAAAAUAUCACCAGCCAAGCAAAAGACGUUGAUUAUGCAAUGCCAGCAGACAUUAUGGAUGAAAUGGAAACACCAAAGCUCACUAUUGAUUUCGAACAUAUUUUACACAAUUUCGAUAAAUUGCACCACAACAACAACAACAACAAUAACAACAGCUACACUACGUUCAAAUCAGCCAAUUUCAGUGCAUUCGACAACAAGGGCCGACAUGCUUGCGAACGCCGCUGCCAAGCUAAUCAGCCACUUACUUGCCAUUACCGUUUGGUGGUGCAUCAUUAUCAGGCGCUGACCGCAGAAUGUGAAAGCUGCUUUAAUAACGAUGGUGCCUGUCCGAAACAGCAAUGCAUUUACGCUGAUGGUGUGUACACACCCAUAGUGGCUAUCAAUCAAAUGCUUCCAGGACCAACAAUCUCGGUGUGUGUGGAUGACACGGUCGUGGUUGAUGUCAUCAACUACCUCGCAGAGCCGAUCAGCUUGCAUUGGCAUGGCAUGUCCAUGUACCGCACGCCAGAAAUGGACGGCGCACCGUUUGUUACGCAAUACCCAAUACAGCCAGCUGAAGCAUAUCGCUAUCAGUUUAAUGCAGAACGGGCGGGUAGUCUCUACUACCACAGCCAUGUUGGUUUGCAGCGUAGCAUGGGCGUUGGAGGUGGUUUCAUUAUAAGACAGCCGGUGGAGAGUGAUCGGCAAUCGUAUUUGUAUGACUACGAUUUGCCAGAGCACACUUUACUGUUGCAGGACUAUGUGUAUGGCCAGGACGUGAAUCGUGUAAGAAACAUACUCAUCAACGGUAAAGGCAGAAACCACGUUUCGAAUUUAUCCGAUCGUGAUCCACGCCAUCGCUAUGAACGCCUUCAGGUGGCGCGUGGCAAUCGCUAUCGCUUUCGAAUUAUCUACAAUGGUGUGUUCAACUGCCCCAUAGAGUUCUCGGUGGAAAAUCAUCGUAUGCUCAUGAUUAGCACAGAUGGCAAUGAUAUUGUGCCCGUGUUGGCUGAUAGCUUCUUUAUGGCUGCCGGCGAACGUUUUGAUUUCGUGUUGCAGGCGAAUCAGCAAUCGCGCAGCUAUUGGAUUAAAGUGCGCGGAUAUGAGAGUUGUGCUAAGGAAAACCUUUAUCAAGGCGCAAUAUUGACUUAUCAAAGUGGGCCAACACGUGCACUGCCCCAACAACCCAUGAUGGAGGCAUCCAUCUGUGAUAAUGGUAGUGAGGAGUAUUUCAUUCUGGGCGACUAUGAGGACCAGUUGAAGAAAUUCGUUUCACUUAGUCAAAGCGGCUGCGGUAGAGCUGAUUUUAAGGCCACCAAUGUGGCUACAGUUGGUUUGAGUUCAUUGGAGCAAGUGCCGUGGACGCGUGAUACCGCUUUCUUUACACAUUAUACGCUACUUGGUAGUCGUGUUUAUGGUGGUGCUGCAGAUGUCGCAUACCAAAUCGAUGAUAUUACAUAUAAGUCAUCGAAAAUAUCACUCCUACAAACCAAUGGCCUGUACAAUGAGAUUGGCGUAUUCUGCAACCGGUCGAUGCUCUCUGCGAAGGGACAAAAUUGUGAGACGAAGAGUUGUAUUUGCACUAAUGUGGUGCGUUUACCAGCAUAUCGUGCAUUGGAAAUUGUUCUGGUCAACAAUAAUAAUGAACCUACGCCGGUGCAUUUACAUGGUUACACUUUCCGUUUGGUUGGGCAGAAUGCCUUAGGUAGCGUUGUGGAUGAGAAACAGGUAAAGGAUCUGGACAGACGAGGGUUGUUGCAGCGCUCAACUGAUGAUUUUCCAAUACAAAAGGACACUGUGCAGGUACCUCCACUCGGCUACGCAAUUGUACGCUUCUAUAGCAGCAAUCCUGGCUACUGGAUGUAUCACAGCGCGCUGGAUAGUCAAUCGUCACGCGGUAUGAUUGGUGUCUAUAAAAUUGGCGAAGAUCAUCAAAUCAAAGAAGUGCCUCCGCGUCUACGCUGCUAAAUAGA